UCAAGUCACAUUAGCUCCACCCCACGCUUCCAGUUGAACUCAUAGUAAGUAGUACAUUCUUCAUCUUAAAGCUCAAAGAUGUCUUGACGUGUGUAGCAAAUGCAAGAAGUAUUUACUGCAGGUACUCUUCACUUGUUCACUUGCCACAAUUUUAAUAACAGAAAUGUCACAGCCUUCACAUUAAUGUCAGUUGGACUGUUUUCACACCUUGGCCAUCUGCGUAUGGAGUAAUAAGACAGGUCAUGAAAAAAUGACCACUUUUACAGUGUCACCACUGUCUGCUGACUGGGCAAACUGAAGAAACUGCCAACACUACAGAAAUUUCAUGUCUACGCUUGCAACAAGUCUGUGAAAAAUUGCACCUUUAGAUGCUGUUAAACUGAAUUUUCUCCUUUUUUUAAACUGAAGCGGGUCAGUAUUUAAGGCCAUGUUCAGACAGGGUGCAGUUUCUCAUCAUGAUGAAAUGAGAGGUGAGUGUAGCGUUACACUUAUAGACAUCUGAUUGCAUUGAAAUUGGACGUCCAAACGUAUUUAAUCUUUAGCGAUUUUCAUUCUUUCAGCACUUUAAUGUCCCGCUUCUAUAACCACAGACUGCUGACUGAAUAGUUCAAGAUGGUUGUCUUAGCUCUGGCCAUGUUCGUAGCAUUGUCAUCUUGUGCAGUUGGUUGCUCGGGGAACACAAAUUCUUCUGAACUCAAACUUUGGCGCGUAGAAGAUCAACCUUUGUCUGUGCAACUAGCUGCUAUUUUCAAGGAGAUGGAGAGCCUGAAGUGUGAACAAACAACACUUCAGCAGCAGCACAAUGCUCUGACUCAGAUGCAUAUAUCAAGCCAUCAGAAAAGAGCUCAGAAGAAAGUAGCAGGAACACACAUCCUCACUUACAGUCCAAAUUACAUUGAGGUUGAUAACAUUCAGUCAUCUGUGGAAGAUGCAAGAAGACGAGGUGACCCCUGUUUCCACUACACGGUCCUAGAUCAGACCUGGCGCGCCACCAACACCACCAGCAAGCUGAAGAUGUGUGAUCGGCAAGUAGACUGGAAAGGGUGGUACCGUCUUUUCUACAAGGGUAAAAGUCUGCAGAUGCCUGAGAGGUGCGUCCCUGUGAACAAAUGUGGCACCAACUCCCCGCUGUGGCUGUCCGGGCCUCAUCCAAGGAUCAGGGAUGGUAUUGUGACCCGCAAUGUCUGCGGCACUUGGAACAAAAGAUGCUGUGCUUUCCAUUCCACCCCCAUCAAAGUCAAGAAGUGCCCAGGCAACUAUUACGUCUAUCAGUUCACUAAGCCAACAUCCUGUUAUUUGGCUUAUUGUGCAGACGUCAACACGCUUGUGUGCGGUCGAUGCAGGAGAAACCAGUCCUGUGUGAGCAGAGAUAAGAUUAACUGGAGAUGCAAGACAAACAGAAUGUCUUCCCAAAAGAUCCACUUCUUUGCGUCUUACCCAGCCCAAAUCAAUGGCAAACUGAACAGGAUCAAGUACAGCAAGGUGCUGGUGAAUGUGGGCCGAGCCUUCGACAGGAGGACUGGUGUGUUCAGGGCUCCCGUCAAAGGAAUCUACCAGUUCUUCUUCUCCACUCAGACAACCAUUAAGGGCCUUAAAACCGAUCUGUGGCUAGUAAUAAAUAAUUACUGGGUGGCCGUUUCUCGUGCACAUGUUCCCCGUUCCUACAGUGUUGGAAGCACAUCUACCUACAUGACUUUCCUCCGCAGAGGGGCUUCAGUCUAUGUCACCCACAACUGUGGUAACUCCUGGGCCACUGCUGCAUCCAUGACGAUUACAUUUGGAGGCUCACUGCUUUUACAAAGUAAAUAAUAUACACCUCUGAUGUUUAAAAUGGUGCUCAUUGAUGUCGCGUGUCACUUUUAUUUGUUUUUGUAUUUUAGCAAAGAGGAGAUAAGGAAAAAGUUUGUUCUUUCUGUCAACAGAUUCACGGUUGUUGUAAUUUAUUUCAUUAUUUUUGCUAAUGCUAACUCGUGCUAAAUCAACCAGUUCCACUGUAUUAACUACUCUGGAGUGCCAGCUAAAUGUCUGCUUUGAUGCUUAAGUGAAAAUAUUAAUAUUAAAAAGACUUAAGAGUGAUGUUAUUAUCUAAAUUCA